AUGCAGAAGCCGAACAAGAAGAAUAAGAAGACGGACGUUUCGAUACGCUUCCCUUCCACAAGGACCACAACGUCCAUCAUGCUUUCUCCGGAAAACUUACUGCUGCCCCUGGGCCUUGCUGCCCUUAUUGCUGCUCAAGACCCGACCCUCUCGGCCUGCGAACCGGCAAAGACAUUGACCAGCUUCAGCUGGUUCAACUCUUCGCACAAUUUAGACUGCCGCAACCGCAAUUUUCCCUCCGACGCGGUCUGGUGCUGGAAUGUCACAGAUGCCGGCACCGUCGUCAACUGCGUAGGCCCCGACGCUCGCUACCUCCACUACGGCACACCGCCAGGCCCAGGCGAGUGCGCAGCCUGUUUUCCAUUAUGUGGUGGACCGGCCUCUGGUGGCCUCGAUCAGACGGCGCCGUUGGGCUUCGGACCGCCUGACCGCCUCACCUCGAACCUGUGCUCCUACCAGAAUCCAACGCCGAGUUUCAUGCAUAUCACAGACAUUGGCAAUGGGGCCUUGUUCUGCGGCGCGGGGUCGUACGCACCGGUGCUGUUCGUUGGGGAUUCCAACCAAGAUGAAGGAGCUAGCGGAAGGUACCGUGUGGCGCCGGCCGUUCCGUGUGUGGGUGAAAAUGGUGCUGCUGUGUAUCCCACCUACCAGGCCGAGUUUCCGUUGCAUUGUACGAGGGAUGCGGAAAAUAACGCCACUUGUACCACCGACCUUCCCGUCGAGUUGCCACUAAUAGGGACCGGGGCUAGUCCCGGGGCUACAUAAGGUCCCUUCAAUGUUUGGAUGCCGGGUGCAUCUAUUUGCCCCAAGGAAUUGCUUUUGAGAUAAAUCAUGACAAAAUUAAAUGAAAUGUAACACUAUCGAAGUGAGUGUGUUGAUAAUCCGUUGGUCAGUGUGAUUAAUGAGAAAAAUUACAUGCAAUUGGUCACAUUUGCUUCCAUCGAACCUGCGGCAAUGGCGACUUGGUCGGCCGAUUGUGGAAU